GCACGAGGGGCAUUGAGGAGUGAGACAAACUUUUCCUUAAGCUUUAUAUCCAAAUCUGUUUUCGGUUUCUGCUCUGCACGGCAUUACACAUUUUGCAACACCAACUUUUUGUAGUGCGCUUUCAGGACUGUAGCCAAAUGGAAUACCAGGAGUUCCCUCAAGAGAGGAUAUCACGAUUUUAAGUUAUCACACGGGCAGCUGCAGUGACUACUCCUCUCUAAAUGAAGAUGGACCCCGCCGCCCUGUGCCUUGUCUACACUGUGCUGCUGAUGGUGAUGUGGCCCCCUGCGGCCUCAGUGCCCUGCCCCCGGCCCUGCUCCUGCCCCCAGCCCGCUGAGCUCCACUGCACCUUCCGCUCCCUCCUCAGCAUCCCAGCCGCUGUGUCCAAACACGUGGAACGAGUGAACCUGGGGUUCAACAGCAUUAAUAAGAUUACAGACAAAUCGCUGGCUGGUCUGAGGAAGCUGGAGCUCCUGAUGGUCCAUGGGAACGACAUCCACAGUCUGCCCAAUGGAGUGUUCAGGGAUCUCUCUUCUCUACAGAUGUUGAAGAUGAGCUACAACAAGCUGAAGGAUAUCAAUAGACACACCCUUCAUGGUCUGUGGGCUUUAGCCAGAUUACACCUGGACCACAACCACCUGGAGUUCAUCCACCCGGACGCCUUCCAGGGCCUCACCUCUCUGCGUAUGCUGCAGCUGGAAGGCAACAGGAUUCAGCAGCUUCACCCAGCAACUUUCUCCACCUUCACUUUGAUGGGCCAUUUCCACGUCUCCACUCUGAGGCACCUAUAUCUGUCUGACAAUGGGCUGACCUCGCUGCCCUCCAGGCUGGUAGCAACCAUGCCUCAGCUGGAGAACCUGCAUCUCCAUGGGAACCCAUGGAGAUGCGACUGCAACAUGGGAUGGCUCCAUGGCUGGGAUAAAACCUCACCAGGUGUCUUGAAGUGUAAAAAGGACAAGGCCCUUCCUGGUGGCCAACUGUGUCCCAUGUGCUCUUCUCCCAGGCACCUCGAGAAGAAAGAAAUUCAGGCUAUGGAGAACCUGGUCUGCAGCAGCCCCGUCAUCAGCUCUCCUCAUAGGACUUCUACACCCGAUGACGUGGAAAGUGAGGUCAUGACCACGGAGGAUUUCAGGGAACCAUUUGGAAACAUCUCCCUGGGCCUUUCAGACGAACAUGGGAAUGGAGUGGACCUGGAGUGCGGGAUUAGUGAGCCAGGAGAACUUUCCAAGAUCAGCUGGGAGCAGGUCAACCAGGUCCAGCUGGCAUCCAACAUCUCUUUGUCCGUUGAUCUUGAAUGUCCGGUGGAUAGAGAAAAGUAUGAGCAACUGUGGAGGCUCAUUGCGUACUACAGCAAUGUGCCAGCCCACUUACAAAGGGGGGUUCUGCUCAAAAAAGACCCUCAUCCAACCUAUGUGUACAUGCAGGACUCUGAGCAGGAUGCCCAGUACUUCACAGGUGUUAAAGUUAACAUGAUGGCCCAGCCGGCAUGGCUGAUGCAGACAUCUGCAAACCUUCAGCUGAACAGACUGCAAUCGUCAGCCAAGAUGGUAAAACUGAUCCUGAGCACGGACUUUUCAGAGACAGUGCCGGCCGAGAUGGUGAGGAGACAGAGGAGAACAUGGGUCAUGAUUGAGUCAACAAACACAACCCGAGAAGUGUUGAGUGCUAUUCUGGGAAGUCCAAGUGAAAUGCAAUGUAACGUGCACAGUUCUGGCCAGCAGGUCCUCCACUGGAUGCUGCCAGACGGCUCUAAGGUGGAGGCCCCGUACAGCAGCCCAGACAACAGGUUGACUGUGUCCACUGACGGGAGGCUGGUGAUUAAACCUGUCAGCCACACAGAUGCUGGAAUUUAUUACUGCAUUGCUAAGGUUCAUGGAGACCUUGCUGUCAUGCCAUUCCAUCUGACAGUGCUGGAAUCCUCAAGCCCUCCACCGGGGGAGGACGCCUCAAUUUCACCCAUCGAGGGAUUUGCAGGCAACCCAAUUUCCCUGCCUUGCACGGCAUCUGGAUCCCCUGAUGCUGAAGUUAAAUGGAUUCUACCAAACAACAACAUAGUUAGUUUCCAAGCCAACUCCUCUAGGGCUGUGGUGUAUUCUAACGGCACUCUACAUAUCCCACAGACUCAGUUAUUGGACAGUGGUUAUUAUAAAUGUGUAGCUAUUAAUCAACAUGGCGUGGACACACUGGCUACAAAACUCACUCUGGUCAGGCGCAAAGGGCUGAUAAGGCCUUUGAGGAAGUUUCCAGCAAGACCUCAGUCAGCGUCGGGGCUGAACACUCAGAUUAAAGUCCCCACAGAGGAAGCAGAGGAGGCAUCAGGGGACAUUGAGGUCACUCAGGUGGGGGCUCCAAUGACCCCUUUGAGAAAGAGAAUUCCUGAAGGUGUGUCCCCUGGCAGGAGGGGCGUCCCCCCGUCGAGGAAUGUGUGGAGGAGGCCGUCUGUGCUUCGAAAACCAACAGGAUCACGUGUUGAAGACAGGAAGAAUAUAGUUGAUAGCAGGCGGAAGGUUAAUAUUUCAAAGAGUAAAAUAGACCCAGAGAAAUGGGCGGAUAUUUUGUCUAAGAUUAGGGAUAGAAAAGGUCAUAAUACUGUGACACCACUUCCAGUUCAGCUUACAACAGAGAGGAAACCGACCGAGCAGACAACACAAACACAAGAUGUUACUGAGGGCUCAUCAGACGCCAUAUUUGUGCAGGAACAGGAGGGCCAGGAUUACUUCACCACAACACACAUUCCAACACAACAUACACAAAUAAAAACGGAUAAACAGAAUACACAAGGUCAAAGCACGCAUGUGACUUCUAAUCCCUACACCACGCAUAAUGCACAUAAGACAGCAAAUAGUCACAGCAUACAAUUAACAGCAAAGCCACACACAAUGCUCUCACACAAUGUACAGCACACAAUCCAAGAUAUGAGCUUCACAACUUCAAACGGAGUAUUUUUCCUUCCACAGCAGACCACAUCUGUUCCCCCACACGCUGUCACUUUCUGGCAGGCUAACACAAACACUGCGAGUAGCAGCCGCACAGAGAACCUUAGCACAAAUACAGAUGUUAACAGAGUCAAAACAGCUGAUGGGUCCAAGGCAUCAGAGAGGAGAGGGAAUAUGGAUAGACCAAAUGUUGUUUCCAGCUCUGAUAAUGACAGAGAACUCUCUUCAAGGGGAAGACAAAUUAUCCCUUCGGUCAACCCAAAUGAGUCAGAAACAAGCCAAGAGGAAUAUGGAAAAUAUUUCAGUGCAACUGCAGCAACAUCACAGUUGCUUACUCAGCCAAAGGAUACAAUAUUUGCAUCUGAAGCAACGCUCACAACAGUAUCUUCAGCAACUCUUCUCCUCACAACAGGAAGGCUGGGGUCUGAAGGACAAUCUCCUCCGCGUCUCCGACAACCAUCCUCCAGGAGAAGGAAUGGGGGUCGUCGGAGAAAUCCAAACAAAAGGAAACAAAAGCUGAACAAACCCACCAAGUUUAUUGCCAGCACACCUGCAACAGCUCCCCUAGCAACAGUAAUGACCACUGCGUCCACACAGCUAAAAAUAGAACCAUUAGAAGUUACAACAGCCAGUUUCAAUACCACUGUUCCAUUCAGCACUAGCCAAGCAGCGUCAUCAGGCAGACUGAGUCAUGAAAGAGGCAAAGUCUCAGGGCAUGACGCUGAGGUAGCCACUAAACUCUCUUCAACGCCAGCUUCUCAAUCCGUGACAAAAGACAGCAAUUUACCCAUGGCCAAACCACCACUCGAAAGCACUUCAACGGCACCAUCAUUUCCAACAGUCUCUCCAGGAGUGGGUCACGGAAAGACAAGUUCUCAAACAGCCUUGAGAAUCUCAGAGAGUGUGUCUCCUUCAGAGAGCCUGGAUAUGCUCACAUCCCUCACUCAGGAGAGGUUUACACUUAGCCCUGUUCCACCUGUUAAACCCUCAGAGGAGACACAAAGGGUCAGUGUUACGGCAGACCUCGGACUUAUGCCAAGCUCUGGGCUUUUUCACACAGUGACGCAAACAUAUGUCGAGCAGGAUAAAUCAGACUAUCAAAACACACCCACGGAAAAAGGUGAAAAUGCGCUUUUGGAAGAGAUUCACACGCAUGUUUCACUGCCGCCAUCCCCAUCCGCCUCAACUGCUUUGUUGAUCGAACACGAAAUUGAGACAACCUCUGGAUACACUCAAACUGGCUUGAUGACAAGACUGUUUAGGCUUUUUCAGGGUGCAAAAGAAAAGGUUACUAUAAAUAUAUCUACAGUAACUGAAAUAUCCAAUCAUAGUGAAAGUAAAACCACAAUCAGUGAGCCAGUGGUAGAUCAAGAUCUUAAAGAAAACAUAGAUCAUUUUCCUUUACCAAGUACUGUCAUACCAAAACCUCCCUCUACUACUUCCUCAAGGCCUGAUGCUGGGUUCAUGCAUGUCACACUACCAAACAUGUCUACCACAGGAGAAAUGGAUCCUGCUUUGAGGGCCACCAUUCAGGAGGCUCCCAGGAUAAACCACAUUCCAGACGACCAAAGUCAAGACCAACAAGUCACCACUUCAGAGCCCAGGAGAAUAUCUGAAUUCCAUCCUGCAACCCAGCCACCUUACCACAGACCGGCUCCAUUUGUUAGUGAAAAUCCAACUUCCCAGGCCAUAACAAUGAGCAGUAAAAUCAGCCCGAGUGCCACCCCCACCCCAACUGUUGCGAUCCAAACUCUUCCAUUCACAGAGGAACUUCUAACAAGCCGCCCUGAUGUGUCCAGGAAUCACCAGCUACCUGGACAAGGAUCUACUCUAAGAGGGAAGCCAAAGAUAACGAAGAGCGAUUUCCAGACUUUCACCGUGGAAGCUGAAACAGAUGCUCAGCUCCCCUGUGGGGCUGAGGGUGAUCCGAUGCCCUUCCUUUCGUGGACUAAGGUUGCCAGUGGGGCGAGUAUUGCUAAGAACACCAGGGUCCACAGAUUUGAGGUCCAUCCAAAUGGUACAUUAACCAUCAGGAACACACAACCCAUGGAUGGAGGCCAGUACCUCUGCACAGUCCAGAACCAGCACGGCACAGACGAGAUGCUGCUCAACAUGGUGGUUCUUUCUCGGCCCCCGCGGGUCCUGCAGCCCCGGCACAGAGACAUCACUGUGCGGCUGGGUGGGGACGUCAAUGUGGAGUGUAAGGUAGAGGGGCACCCUACGCCUCGAGUCACAUGGGUACUUCCUAACCAUGUCCACGUGGCUGCUGCCCCAUUCAGUGUUUCCCCUCAGCAGCAUGUGGCCGUCUUCAGUAACGGAACCUUAAGGAUUAGCCAAGCCACUCUCACAGAUAGAGGGAUUUAUAAGUGCAUUGGCAGCAGUGCAGCUGGAGCUGACACAGUCUCAGUCCGCCUCUCUGUCUCAGCGUUGCCACCUGUGAUUCAGCAGAAACAACACGAGAACACCACGCUCACAGAGGGCAGCACUGCCUACAUCCACUGCACGGCCACAGGUGCCCCUCAGCCUGUUAUUCGCUGGACCACACCUGAUGGCAUAAAGCUCACUGCUUCCCAGUUUGUCACUGCACGCAACCUCCUUGUCUUCCCAAAUGGAACCCUGUACAUGCGGGGCCUGGGCCCGGGAAACGCUGGGAGAUAUGAGUGCUCAGCCAGUAACGGUGUGGCAUCCAGCACAAGAACAGUAACCCUGAGCAUAAAGAGAAAUCUGUCCUCUGUAAAGGCCAGCAUCACCCUCUCAUCACCCCAGAGAACAGAUGUGGUCUAUGGGGGGAGGCUGCUCCUCAACUGUGUGGCAAAAGGAGAGCCAAAGCCCCGGAUCAUCUGGAGGACCCCUUCUAAUAAGCUGGUGGAUGCUCAGUACAGUUUUGACCCCAGGAUCAAGGUGUUCCCAAAUGGCACGUUGACCAUCCACUCUGUGACCGACAAGGACAGCGGGGACUACCUGUGUGUGGCGCGUAGCAAGAUGGGUGAUGACUACGUUCUGCUGCGGGCCGACGUGCUCACCAAGCCGGCCAAGAUCGAGCAGAAGCAGCACAGGUCCAGCCAGGAGGUGGUGUACGGUGGGGACCUGAAGGUGGACUGCGUGGCCUCGGGUCUCCCAAACCCCGAGAUCAGCUGGGCUCUGCCAGACGGCACCAUGGUCAACCCGGUCAAACAGAGAGAUAGUGUCAGCAGGGGACGCACCCGCAGGUAUGUGGUGUUUGACAAUGGUACGCUGUUCUUCAACCAUGUGGGCAUGCCAGAAGAAGGCGAUUAUACCUGCUACGCCGAGAACCAACUUGGCAAAGACGAGAUGAAAGUCAGAGUCAAGGUAAAGGUGGCAAGUUCUCCGCCAAAAAUCCAAGACAAAGACCAAAACAUCGUCAAGGUUUUCUACGGUGAGACCGUGACGCUGAGAUGUCACACCAAAGGGGAACCAAAGCCAGUCAUCACAUGGAUAUCCCCUACACAUAGAGUCAUCUCCCCUGCAAUAGACAAAUAUCAGGUCCUGGAUGACGGAACAUUAGUGGUUCAAAGAGUCCAGCGUUUUGAUGGAGGUAACUACACCUGCAUGUCCAGAAACAACGCAGGACAAGACAAUAAAGUCGUCAGGCUGGACGUUCUAGUGACAUCACCAACGAUUAAUGGCUUAAGAGGAACUGCCAAUGACGUCAAGGUGACUGCAGUCCCGAAUCAGCAGAAGCUGUUGGACUGUGUGGCAAAGGGGACCCCAACCCCUCGUGUCAUGUGGGUUCUACCGGGUAAUGUGAUCCUUCCUGCUCCAUACUACAGCAACAGAAUGACAGUUCACCAAAAUGGUACCUUGGAAAUCCGGUCCGCCAAGAGAACAGACUCUGGGCAGCUGGUUUGUAUCGCCCGUAAUGAAGGAGGGGAGGUCAGGCUCGUGGUCAACUUGGAUGUAAAGGAAGUCGUCGAGAGGCCACAAUCUAGAGGGUCCAAAACAGAUGGCCUGUCACUGACUGUUGGCAAUGCCAUGACUUUGAAUUGCACCUUUGAGGACUUAAGACUAUCUCACACCACAUGGAUCUUACCGAACGGCACACCUUUAUCUAUGGGUGCUCGAGUCAACAAGUUUUUCCACCAACCCGACGGUUCUUUAAUCAUCAGUAACCCAUCUGUUUCUGAAACGGGCGUGUACCGCUGUAUGGGGCGUAAUUCUCGAGGGCUUGUGGAGCGUACAAUAACAUUGUCCCCGGGGAGAAAGCCAGAGAUCAUUAACAGAUACAACUCUCCUGUCAGCGUUGUGAAUGGGGAACAACUUCUGCUUCAUUGUUUAACCAGUGGCGAACCACUCAGACUUUCUUGGACACUGCCCAGUGCAGUUGUCCUCAACAGGCCGCAAAGAGCCGGACGAUAUGCAGUCCUGCCAAACGGGACACUUUCCAUCAAACAAGUAUCAGUCUAUGAUCGGGGCUCCUACGUUUGCCGAGCUGCGAAUGAGUACGGCAGCUCUCAGCUUUCUGUAUCAGUGAUCAUAAUCGCAUACCCUCCUCGAAUUACUAACGGACCGCCCUCUGUGACUUACGCUAAACAGGGAGUUGCUGUCCAGUUGAACUGCGUAGCAACUGGGAUACCUAGAGUGGAGGUUGCAUGGGAAACCCCUGAUAAAACACGCUUGACCGUCAAUGCACAGCCACGCCUUUUUGGAAACAAGUACCUCCAUCCCCAAGGUUCCCUCAUCAUCCAGAACCCCACACAGAGAGAUGCUGGCGUCUAUCGAUGCACAGCUAGAAAUGCCAUUGGCGUAGACUCUAAAGCUACGGUUCUCAAUGUGUUCUGAUGAACUUCACCAAUCAUUGUAAUCCAUUCUCAUACUGUAUGCCCAAUCAACUGCCUUGUUAAAAGCAGCCUAUGUUUUUAACGAUCAAAAUGUUGGUAAACUGCUGUUGCAAAGAUGAAAUAAUGAAUUACUCAAAACCUGCAGAGGUGCUUUGAGUGUGUGCUGUGUCAAAGCCAGAAGUUGAUGGUACAUAGGACUAAUAUCCCACAUCUAGUUUACCGGUUACUAAAUGGGAAUCAUAGGGUCAUUGACCAAAAUAAUAACUAUUAUAGGGAUAGUGUAAUUUUUUACUUCAGGUUGUUUUUUACAUAAACUGCUAACAGUGUGGUUUUGACAAUGACAUAUUAUGUCAUGCUCGAAUUGCAUAACUUUUCAUUUUCUAACUAGGAAAUAUUGUUUAACUUAAUUACAUAUAUGUAUAAUAAUGCUAUAAAGAUUUGUUAAGAUUUUUAUUUUUUACUCCAGUUGGUAUCCUGUGCCUUGCAUAAACGGUAAUUUUCUAUUUGUUUCCAUACCUGAAAUAUAUUUCAAUAAGUGAUAUUGAAGUUUCCUGCUCGGAGCAGUGUGCACCAUCUUUGAAUCUGCUUCUGAAAAAUGCUGAUUCAGGUUCUAUGUCCUUAUUUAUAUUUGAUUUGUCUUUGACAGACUGUGAUGCAAAGCCACCUUCCCAUAUUUUAAUAAAACAUCUCCACCUGAAUCG